UGGCUGAGAAUUGUUUAUUGUUUGUGUUCACAAAAAUUUAUAUUUUAAUAUUAUUGGUAUUUAAAAGCUUCGAUACUCCGAACGAUGUGUGAAAACUUAUGUAGAAUAUGUGCUAAAAAUGUCAAUGAAAAGGGCGCUAUUAAACUGUUCGACAAUCAAAACAAAAAAUUAUUAUUGUAUCUUAAAGAACUUACAGGCUUAAGGCUUAAAAAUAGUUUGGGUUUCCCCAAGCUAAUGUGUUGCGAUUGCAAAAAGGAUUUAAUCAGUGCGUACAAAUUCCGAGAUGAUUUCCUUAAAGUGCAGGCGUCUUAUAAAUUACAGAACUCAAAAGGAAAUAAAAAACAAAAUAGUAAUGGGUUAGUGGAAGCAACCGAAUUUGUACAGGUGUUUGUUGUUAAGGAAGAGAAGAAUAUAACAGUAGGCAACCAAGAAGAAAUCUAUGAAACAGAUGAAGAAAAAGAAAUAAAUAUACAAUCGCAAGAUUUUAUUAAAAAGGAAAGCCUUACCUUUGUUAAAGCAAGUGGGGACGAAGUCAAUGCAUUGGAAUUACAACCUAAUGAAGAAAAUACGCUGGAAGAUACGAAAAUUUGUAUAGAAGAAGUAAUUUGCGAUAAAACAGAUGAUGAUUUUGAUACGACGACGCCGUUAAGUGAUGAAGCUUUGGAUGUUCAGUAUAGUGACGAGGACUACAAUUCAGAAACUAAAAUAAUUGUAUCAAAGAAGUCAAAGUCAAAUCGAAAAAGCAAGAAGGUAGAAGAUGGUCAUCCGACUGAAAGAGGUAAUAUCAAAAUAAAAAGGGAAAUUACGAAAUCGAGGAAAAAACGUAAAGAUGCUGAGGAACAUCCUAAUAUGUUCAUAUGCGAUCAAUGUGGUAAUCAUUUUACGUGUCGCCAUCAUUUUAAAUUACAUUUAAGAAGACAUUCUGGUGAUAAGCGAUGUGCAUGCGAACUUUGUCCAGACAAAUUUUUCACAAGUUCAGAGCUAAGAAGGCAUAUGAGAAGGCAUACGGGUGAAAGGCCGUUCGCAUGCAAAUACUGUGAUCGGAGAUUUACUGACUAUAGUACACGAAUAAAACACGAAAGAACGCAUACGAAUGAAAGACCAUUUAUGUGCUCUCAAUGUGGUAAAUCGUUCACCACUUCAUACAUUCUUAAAAAUCACAUGUUAACACAUACAGGUGAAAGGCAUUUUAAGUGCAAUGUAUGUAAUAGAUCUUUCACCAGGAGAACGCACCUGGUCGUGCAUUUUCGGUCUAUAAUGCAUAAGCAAGCUGUUGAAAAAGAUAAACGUCCCAUUUCACAAGAAGAAUUGCCUCAACCACAUAGCUUGGUACCACAAUCAACGCAUAUUCCAACAUUUCUGGUUUAGAAUAAAAAGUAUUGGUUCAUUUAAUUAUUUUUUUUUAAAUGUAUUCAGCCAUAAUAAAUAAUACGCGGUGAAGCUUCGUUCAGAUUGAGCAAAUAUUAAAGGCAUCCCACUGUUUUCAGCAAAUACACAUUGUAAUAUGUACAGUGUAUUACAAAACUAUUCUGCUUACGCAUUUUUAGGAGAAAUUUUUGUUAAAUUGAUAAUAUACAUUAUGUAAAUUGGGAAAACCCCAAAUUUAAUAAUAA